UACAUACUUGCACCUAACUGAACACGAUGUAACUGAUGUGACGACGAAAGUUUUCUUCUUGCAAAUGUUGAAUAAAACUGAGUAAUUAUUGAUUUGUUUUGUACAGAAGAAAAGAAAUGGCCGGAUUAGAAGGUUACGAGAGCGUAUAUAGGGGUCAUCCUGCCAAAUCGUGGGACAUCGGGACGCCUUAUUCGCAAAAAUAUCACGGUCGAGAGGUUAUUCGUCCUUUGGAUAUACCUGUUAUUCAUCCUUUAGCAGAAGACAAUCCACCGGUCGUUGAUGAUGACAUUACUGUAAGCAAAUAUGUAGGACUAGGUUGUGGGUUAGCAAGCUUAAUUACAGGAAAUUUGUUGAUUCAUCCUUUCAUAGUAUUGAGAAGGCAAUGUCAGGUCAAUCCAAGUUCAACAAAGUAUCAUUUAAUGCCUGUUACUUUAGUGCCAGUGAUAGUACGUUUGCAUCAGACUCAAGGUAUAAAUACAUUAUGGAAAGGAAUUGGUUCAGUGUUACUUGUAAGAGGCAUGACAUUGGCAAUUGAAGAUCUACUGUCCAAAAUCACACCAUGGCCAAAAAAAAUCACUUGUGAUAGCUCUUUAAAAACAUUUGGUCAACAUGUUCUUCUCAAAUGUUUGUCAAUAGGUAUAGUGACUCCUUUUUAUUCAGCAUCACUUGUAGAAACUGUGCAAUCUGAGAUUGCUUCAGAAUGUCCUGGAAUCUUGGAUGUAUUUCGGGAUGGUGCAAUUCGUUUGCUUGAUGUAUGUAACAAGGGUAGACUCAUUCCUAUUUAUGCCCUUGCACCACCCAGUAUAGUUUACGGAGUAACAAAAUAUCUUUUCACUUUGAUUGUGAGAGGUGUUGCUAGUCGAAUUAUGCACAUUAGGCAUAAACAUUUACAAGAAGCAAGAGGAGCAUAUAGUAAAGACUUACUUUCCGAAAAUGUCGUACAAGAUAUAGAAAUGCAGUCUGAGUUUGUUUCAAUAUGUGCCGCAGAUAUUGUUUUUUAUCCUCUUGAAACUGUUAUUCAUCGGUUACAUCUUCAAGGUACACGUACUAUUAUCGACAAUUUAGAUUCGGGAAGAAGUGUCAUACCAUUGUUAACCGGAUAUAACAGUGCCGUUGAUUGCUACCGUACUAUAAUCUCGACUGAAGGACCACUUGGUUUAUAUAAAGGAUUCGGCGCUCUUAUACUACAAUUUACAAUGCAUUUUAUGGUAUUAAGAGCGACAAAAUGGAUUUUAACAGAACUAGGUACAAUGUUGAUGCCGCGACCUAAAUCGAUAAAACCACAGAAACAACAACUUUACUAUAAUGAAAUAUAAAUACUUCAGCAUUGCAAUAAAAUAUCGAAUAUACACAUAGAAGUAAUCAUUAUAUUUGCUCUUGUUAAUUCAAUAGUUACAUGAAAUGAAAAUUGAAUUUAUAAAAAAAUGAUUUUCUACAUACAAUACUUCACGAAUAACAAAAAGAUUUUCUAGAUAAAAGCAUUUUUGUCCGAAAAUGUACGUCUCCUAUGGAAUUCUCAGGAAGAUUUUAUUCAAGCUUGAAAUAUCUUUGUUGAUUGUAACUGAGCAGCAGUUGAUUGUAACAUAGCACUUUAUAAGUAUAAAUUAUGCAAAUAUUUGUACAUUGAUCUAAUGAAAUUUAUAAUACUAAAGAUUCUUAAUUAUAUGUAUUAGAAGUCCAAAAAUUUGUUACAUUUGCAAGAUAUAACCAAUAUUUCUAGAUAUACAGCAAAUUCUUGUAUAAUAUAUACUCUCAUUGUUUUCAACUAAUUAAUAAACGUGUGUAUUAUAAAAAAGUAAAUAUCAUAAAUUUUACUAGAAUAUUAAUAUAUAAAUGUUACACUGACUGUUUAUAAAAUAAAGAAACUAAAUCAUAAAUAUGUGUCGUAGCUUUAUUCCAAAAAUAUAGAAGUAUUCUACAUAUAUAAGAUAAAAGUGUUUGGAUUAUAUAUAUGUGAAGUGAGAUUGAAGAUUUAGGAGACAAAUUUAUUAUAAAUUUCUUUUCAUUCCCUGUUAUAUUUUAUACAGCCUGUUUCGUUAUUUCUUUUUCUUGCACAGGGUUUAGUAAAUUACAAUAGUGAGAAAAAAAUUUACAUAUAGUGAAUAUAUUUUACAAACUGUAUAGUUACAUAGGGGUCGUACAUUAUAUUCACGUAUUUUAUCUCUUCUUUUUCGUUAAAAUUAUUCUAUGUACAAAUAUAUUAUACAGGAUACUUUUUCACCUAUUGUAUUUCAUUGUAAACAUAAAAAUCUUUAGUUUCUCUAUAUAUAUAUUUUUCCAUCUUCUGUCACAACUAUUUUUCUAUUAGAAAAA